AUGGCAGUAAUUAAUUCCCUCAAAGAACAGCUCUAUCAACCGAUCCACAGCGAAGAUACAGAAUCAGAGCCCCCCGACACGUCUAGGCUUAUUGUGCCAAAGAUUUGCCAGAAGUCUCAUCUUCGUCUCGUUGCGCCGUGGAUAGCUUCCACAUUCUCGUUAGCCCUGAUUACGGGCUACCUGCUAUUUCAACAAUACAAUUCCUCUACAUACCUAGCUACAUCUCUAUCAGCCUUUCGAACCGACCUCCACGAUGCGCAUCCAUAUAUAUCUUACGAGGAACGUGUGUUCUCUGGGAAACUGGCGUUUGACGAGGAGAUAGGCAAGGUCUACCGAGACAUUGACCUAUCUGCGCCUCAAUAUUUCGGACUUCCAUCUCCUGAGAUUGACGAUGCCUGGGCUGAUUUAAUGCGAGGAGAGUUCGUAAGGAUGACCGAUGAAGAAGCGGCACCAUACACACCAGGGCUCAAUAAGGCCCCCCAUUCGGAUUAUUACCACUUUGAGUGA